AUGCGGACACGCAACGGCGAGCUGUUCCAGCAGCUCCAAGAUGCGCUCAACAAGAUGGACGCAGCGCACGAGCGCGCCCGAGUUGCGCGAGCAACUGGUGAUCCGCGCGCCGAACUGGAGGCGUCGAUCAUGUCGAGCCUCGCGGUGCUUGGCGAUGGCGAGCCUGUGGCGUAUGAUGCGCUCGUGGCCGAGCAUGAUGCGCUGCAGAUCAAGCUCCAUGCCAAGUCGCACGAGGCAGUGGUGCUGAGCCGAGCAGCGACGCACUACACCGACGCCCGAUUCGAGCGCUGUCCGCGGUGCGUGUUCGCAGUCGACACCGCUGGCGCGGUGUCGAGUCAGGCCAAGCCGACCGGCCUUGACGGCGAGUGUGGGCGUGGCGCUGACCCCGAAGUCCGGCGGGUGCAUGGCGAGCCCAAGGCAGUGUCGGUGACGUUUCGUCGCGCGUCGGGCUCGCUGCCAAACAUUGCAGACGAUCCCUGCCUCUAA